AUGGAAACGAUAUUGAAACCGCAACGUCUCGACUUGGACCCAAAUUCGUCGUCAGCCGCGAAAGAGUGGAAACAUUGUCUUCGAACGUUUAACAAUUUCAUUCAAGAAUGCGGCGAUAAAGCCUCAAACAAACACCGUACUCUCAUCAAUUAUGUCUCUCACAGCGUUUACGAUUACAUCGAAGAUUGUCAGGACUUCGACUCGUCUAUUGAAGCACUAAAUAAUCUCUAUAUCAAGCCUCCGAAUGAAAUAUUUGCGCACCAUCUACUUGCUACAAGGCGCCAAAAGCCUGGUGAUUCGCUUACAGAGCUCUUACAGGAACUUAAAAGGUUAAGCAAGGAUUGUAACGUCAGAAGUGUGACUGCAAAACAGUAUAGGGAGGAAUUAGUCCGUGACUCAUUUAUUAAUGAUCUUCUAUCGCCACUAAUCCGCCAACGACUUCUGGAGAACAGGCAACUCGACUUGAAGACGGCGUUUGGUCAGGCCAACGCGUUAGACUUAGCCCAGAAAAAGUCUGAAGCCUAUGCUCCAACCGAAAACUCGGCAGCUUCUAUUUCUACUGAAAGUGGUGGUGAGGAUCCUUUACUAAGUGAUAACCAUGUGUCAGCAGCAGUCAAACCCCAAAGAAAGUGUUAUUUCUGUGGCGGCCCUAUUCACAAUAGAAAGGAGUGCCCUGCACGCAGUUGUGUCUGCACCAAUUGUGGUAAAACUGGCCAUUACGCUAAAGUUUGCCAGUCUCAGGCUGUAAAAGGGACUAACACUACAGCAUCAAUAAGAUCUGCCUCACUCUGCUCCAUAAGUGCCGCCUGUCCAAAGAGCCUUAUGCAAGCAUCCACCAAAGUCAGUGUGAACAGUACUGUUCUUACUGCCCUUGCUGACUCUGGGAGUUCAGAUAGCUACAUCAACGACAAGGUAGCUAACCAGCUCAACCUCAAAUUACUCAAGUCAGAUGACAGUUUGUCUAUGGUUCUCACAUCACUUAAAGCCAAAGUUCUUGGCCAUUGCUUUGUUGACAUCGAACUAGGCCACCAGUGUUAUUCAUCUGUACGUCUAGGGGUACUGAAGGAUCUCUGUAGUGAUAUCAUUCUUGGCCAGGACUUUCAAAGGGAACAUAAAAGUGUUGUCAUUGAGUUCGCAGCAUCUAUUGAGGAACCAUCCCUCUUCGCGAACCUCCUCCCCGAAUGUAAGCCUAUCGCAAGCAAGUCGCGGCAAUUCAGCAGGGAGGACCAGGAAUUUAUCAAACAAGAAAUUAACCACCUACUCGUUGAAGGCAUAAUCGAACCUAGCACCUCGCCCUGGAGGGCUCAAGUCGUCGUAUCAAAGGACCCACUACAACGACACAAGAAGCGGCUUUGCAUUGAUUAUUCUCAAACCGUCAACCUCUACACGGAACUCGAUGCAUACCCGUUACCCCGUAUCGACAACAUGGUCAACAACCUAGCUUCAUAUAGAGUGUUCUCAAAGUUCGACUUAAGGAGUGCCUAUCACCAGGUACCGAUCAAGAAAGCCGACGGAAAAUUUACCGGUUUCGAGGCCAAUGGCUACGAUCAGUUCGGGCAUGACGAAAAUGUGAGGAAAUUCAGAGAGGCUGUAAAGCGCCGAAACCUCACUCUGAAUGAAAACAAGACAGUAGAGUCCAAGUCUGCUUUCAAUCUACUUAGUAACUGUAUAGCGAAUGGUGUCAUCUCCCCAUACCAGGAAAGGCUUCGUCCACUUAAAAGCUUCCCUCCUCCAGAAAAUUCCAAAUCCUUGAAAAGAGUUAUCGGUAUGUUUGCAUACUACGCAAAAUGGAUACCAAACUAUUCUGACAAAGUACAACCGCUACUACAAGCAACCUCAUUUCCACUUGAUGGCGAUGCCCUGAAUGCAUUCACAAUGCUGAAGGAGGAGCUGCAGAAAGCGUCUUUACACUCUAUUGACGAGAGCCUUCCCUUCGUUGUAGAGACUGAUGCGUCAGAAACUGCCCUGUCUGCUACAAUAAAUCAAGGAGGCAGACCUGUCGCGUUUAUGUCCAAGACCCUCCAAGGGAGUCAGCUCCACUAUCCUGCGGUAGAGAAGGAAGCAAUGGCCAUAAUUGAAGCUGUCAGGAAGUGGCAACAUUUUCUUGCAAAUAGACAUUUUACACUCAAAACCGAUCAGCAGUCAGUCGCCUUCAUGUUUGACAACCGAAGAUGCACCAAAGUAAAGAGCAAUAAAAUCCAGGACUGGAGGCUAGAACUGGCCUCUUUUAGCUACACCAUAAAAUACCGGCCCGGUAAGGAUAACGCUGCUCCCGACUCAUUUACCCGGGCUUUCUCAGCUUCCAUACCUGCAGCUAGCCUUACUGAGAUACACGCUGCUCUACGCCACCCAGGUGUCACUCGAAUGUUACAUUUCAUAAGGUCGAAAAACCUCCCUUACUCUACAGAAGAAGUUAAGAGGUUUCAUCAUGCAAAUAUACAAGGGAACAAAGCAGUUGAUGGCAAAGGGUGGAUUCAACUUGGCAAAAGGAACUCAAAUUCCAGUAACGUAGUAAAGUCUAUUGAAGCGUUAGAAGGUAACAAGAAUUUUAGCUUGAUUAGUGACAAGUCAAGUGUUACUCAAGAUGAUCAGUCCUUUACAAAGUCGACAAUUGCAAAAGAGUCCCGGCUCACGGAACCCACUCAAGUCAAGGUACUAGGAAUGGUGUGGGAUAUGGUGGAGGACACAUUUCUAUUCAAUUUGACUGAAAUAAUCGAGUACGCCAAUUCUUUACCUGUCACAAAGCGAUCGUUGUUGAAAUGGUCAUCUAAAAUCUUCGAUCCCCUUGGAUUCUUGUGUCCUUUUACGAUAAGGCUCAAGAUUCUGUUUCAAAUCAUGUACUUGGAUAGACUGGGAUGGGACUUUGAACUGCAUGGCAAUCUACGUGAACAGUGGACCAUUUUAAUGUCAGAGUUAAAGUUUCUAAAUGAUGUUCGUGUAUCGAGGUGCUAUUAUAUACCCCAAACGAAAUACUUUACCACACAAGUUCAUGGAUUCAGUGAUGCAUCUAAAAGUGCAAUUAGUGUUGUUGUCUAUGUAAGAACAGUCUAUGAGAAUGGUGCCAUCGACGUGAAAUUAAUCACUUCAAUAACAAAGGUCGCACCAGUGAAAAAGCAAACGAUUCCCCGUUUAGAGCUGGUGGCAGCGACUGUACUAGCGAAGUUAGUAGAGUCUUUGUUAAAGGCACUCAAGUGGAGUCUGGAAGUUUUUUUAUCGAGUUGA